CUUUACGCUUUUUUAGGUGUAGGUAUGGCCCGUACUAAGCAAACCGCUCGUAAAUCCACUGGCGGCAAGGCGCCGCGCAAGCAGCUGGCUACAAAGGCUGCUCGGAAGAGCGCACCGGCCACUGGUGGCGUGAAAAAACCCCAUCGCUAUAGGCCGGGCACCGUGGCCCUGCGUGAGAUUCGCCGCUACCAAAAGUCCACGGAGCUGCUGAUCCGCAAGCUGCCGUUCCAGCGGCUGGUGCGCGAGAUCGCGCAGGACUUCAAGACCGACCUUCGCUUUCAGAGCUCGGCCGUGAUGGCGCUGCAGGAGGCCUGCGAAGCCUACCUGGUGGGGCUCUUCGAGGACACCAACCUGUGCGCCAUCCACGCCAAGCGUGUCACCAUCAUGCCCAAGGACAUCCAGCUAGCUCGCCGCAUUCGCGGAGAACGGGCAUAAUUGCCGAUUUCCCUUGAAAGUUAAGCCAAAGGCUCUUUUCAGAGCCACCCA